CUGUAUAUGGCGGCUCAAUUGGAGGACGCACAGCCCUUGUUCUCAAUCAACCAAUUAGUUGACUACCGCAAGAAGGCAACUGCUUAAAUCCGAGCAGGAACAACUCAGAACCGGUUUCAUGGCUCCAGGAUGGAGGGGUUCCUGUCCACGUUUCCACCGUACAAUGUGUGCGCUGGCCCGGCUCAGGACGGCGGCUGGGGGAAGAGAGAGGGCCGCUUCCUGAUGCCCCAGGGCCUGAACUACCUGGAGCUCUGCAAGGCCAUCCUGUCCCAGGUCAACCCCAGUUUACCCACUCUACUCAGGAGGGCCAACACCAAAGAGUGUGGCGUUCAAGUUAACGCCAAAGUGGAUAAAGUCGUGCAGUGCUCGCUGGGUCCCAAGACGCUGUUCUGCCUGGAGGGGGACCGGGACCGGGACCGGGACCGGGACCACCACGGGUCCGGUAAGUCGCCCUCGAAGAGCCCGCAGCUCAGCAAACCGGACGGGAAGGCGCUCUACAGCACGCCGCCGCCGCCGCUCAGCACACUGCGCUUCCUGAGGCCCGUGUCCAUCUACUCUCCGGUGUUUGACCGCAGGAUCUUCGGGAAGAAAGUCGAGGAUGAGGAGGAGGGAAGCAAAGGAGAAGGUGAAGCUGAAGCAGCCGGAAAAACUGAGUCUGACAAGGAGGAAGACACGGGUCACGGUGGAGAGGAGCCGGGGCAGGACUUCAAGACAACGCAACACAGGUCUUCUUUGAAGGGGUCAAACUUUCAGUUCCUGGAGCAGAGGUAUGGCUUUUUCCACUGCAAAAAGUGCAACAUCCGGUGGGAGAGUGCUUAUGUGUGGUGCAUCUCUGGAACCAGUAAGGUGUACUACAAGCAGCUCUGCCGGAAGUGUCAGGUAGGGUUUAACCCCUACAGAGUGGAAUCCAUCCUGUGUAAGGGCUGCUCUCAGACUUGCUGCAGCUGUGAGAAGAAGCAGAGGCACAUUAACAUGAAGAGGCCUCACCGCCAGGACCUCUGUUGUCGCUGCAAGGGCAUGAGGCUGUCCUGUGACGCCACCUACAGCUUCAAAUACAUUGUCUGAGCUGCCUUGCAUCUAGUACCUGUACGUGUCACUAAAAAAAAAAAAAAAGUUGCCUCCAGUAACAGACAGAGGAGAUUCAUAUAUUCUCCUGCCAGCGAGUAGAUGAAUCUCUGUCUUGGUUGUUAAUUUGAUGCAACUUCUCUCUUUGUUUCCCUUCAUCAGUCCUAGAGCUUAACUUAAACAUGAAAACUAUUUUUGUAAAGAGAAAUGAAAUUUAUGAAAUAAAAGAAUUCUAGAUAUUGAAUUUGCACCCAUUCAUUUAAAACCUUUAUCUUUAUACCCUGGCACAAUCUUAUUAUAUCUCUAAAAGCUCAGUUUGGUUUGACUCAUGAAGCUUGAAUGCACG